AUGGUCAAUGCAGGAGACAUGAAUGGUUCUGGCAACCUGAUGGAUUUUCUGGAUGAACCUUUCCCUGAUGUUGGAACUUACGAAGAUUUCCACACCAUUGACUGGCUGAGGGAGAAAUCGCGUGACACUGACCGCCAUAGAAAGAUUACAAGCAAAAGUAAGGAAUCCAUAUGGGAGUUCAUCAAGAGUUUGCUGGAUGCCUGGUCAGGAUGGGUUGUAAUGCUUCUCAUAGGACUACUGGCAGGCACGUUAGCUGGAGUGAUAGAUUUAGCUGUGGAUUGGAUGACAGACCUGAAAGAGGGUGUCUGCCUGUCUGCCUUCUGGUACAGUCACGAGCAGUGCUGCUGGACGUCUAAUGAAACUACAUUCGAUGACAGGGACAAAUGUCCCCAGUGGCAGAAAUGGUCUGAACUUCUUGUAAGCCAGUCUGAGGGUGCAAGUGCUUACAUUCUAAACUAUUUUCUAUACAUUAUGUGGGCUCUAUGUUUUGCUUUCCUGGCAGUCUCCCUGGUCAGAGUGUUUGCUCCCUAUGCCUGUGGCUCUGGAAUCCCAGAGAUAAAAACCAUCUUGAGUGGGUUCAUUAUUAGGGGCUACCUGGGAAAGUGGACACUUUUAAUCAAAACAGUCACCUUGGUUCUGGUGGUAUCUUCAGGCCUCAGCCUUGGGAAAGAGGGGCCGUUAGUCCACGUGGCCUGUUGCUGCGGAAACUUCUUCAGCAGCCUUUUCUCAAAGUACAGCAAGAAUGAAGGAAAGAGAAGAGAGGUGCUUUCAGCUGCAGCUGCCGCAGGAGUUUCUGUUGCCUUUGGGGCUCCAAUUGGAGGCGUGCUUUUUAGUCUGGAAGAGGUCAGCUACUACUUUCCCCUGAAAACCCUCUGGAGGUCAUUUUUUGCUGCUCUCGUGGCUGCCUUCACGCUGAGGUCCAUCAAUCCUUUUGGAAACAGCCGGCUGGUCCUGUUCUAUGUGGAGUACCACACCCCCUGGUACAUGGCCGAGCUCUUCCCCUUUAUCCUGCUCGGCGUCUUCGGCGGCCUCUGGGGGACCCUCUUUAUCCGAUGCAACAUUGCCUGGUGCAGGAGGCGAAAAACUACCAGACUCGGGAAAUACCCAGUCCUGGAGGUCAUAGUGAUAACAGCUAUCACUGCCAUCAUCGCCUACCCCAACCCCUACACCCGGAGGAGCACCAGCGAGCUGAUCUCAGAGCUCUUCAAUGACUGUGGUGCCCUGGAGUCCUCGCAGCUCUGCGACUAUAUCAAUGACCCAAACAUGACCCGGCCGGUGGACGACAUUCCCGACAGACCUGCCGGCCCCGGAGUCUACACUGCCAUGUGGCAGCUGGCCUUGGCUUUGGUGUUUAAAAUUGUCAUCACGAUAUUCACUUUCGGCAUGAAGAUCCCUUCAGGCCUCUUCAUUCCCAGCAUGGCUGUUGGAGCCAUGGCUGGCAGGAUGGUUGGGAUCGGAGUAGAGCAACUGGCAUAUCACCAUCAUGACUGGAUCAUCUUCAGGAACUGGUGCAGACCUGGGGCAGACUGCGUCACACCAGGACUUUAUGCUAUGGUCGGAGCGGCAGCUUGCUUGGGUGGUGUUACCCGAAUGACAGUCUCUCUGGUGGUGAUUAUGUUUGAGCUAACUGGAGGCCUGGAGUACAUCGUACCUCUUAUGGCUGCAGCUGUCACAAGCAAGUGGGUGGCAGAUGCCUUUGGGAAAGAAGGGAUCUAUGAAGCUCACAUUCAUCUGAACGGCUACCCAUUUCUGGAUGUGAAGGAUGAAUUCACCCACCGAACCCUGGCAACUGACGUCAUGAGACCAAGGCGUGGUGAAGCUCCUCUCUCUGUUCUAACGCAGGACAGCAUGACGGUGGAGGAUGUCGAGACACUAAUCAAGGAGACUGACUACAACGGCUUUCCAGUAGUGGUUUCGAAAGACUCGGAGAGACUUAUUGGAUUUGCGCAGAGACGAGAGCUGAUUCUUGCAAUAAAGAAUGCAAGACAGCGUCAGGAUGGGGUGGUGAGCAACUCCAUUGUGUACUUCACCGAAGACCCCCCAGAACUGCCACCCAACAGUCCCCAUCCACUGAAGCUGCGGCGUAUUCUCAACCUGAGCCCUUUCACUGUCACUGACCACACGCCAAUGGAGACCGUGGUAGAUAUUUUCCGGAAACUCGGACUCCGGCAGUGUCUUGUCACUCGCAGUGGGAGGCUGCUGGGUAUCAUAACUAAAAAGGAUGUAUUAAGACAUAUGGCUCAAAUGGCAAACCAAGACCCUGAAUCUAUCAUGUUUAACUAG